AUGAAGUUUCUGCUUGUGCAUCCCGGACCUACAUCGCUAGAGCUACUGUUGCUACAUGCCGAGCAUAGGUCUUCAUACAUAUGGGAUGGGAAGUGUUUGUCCCAGACAUUCCGCGGUAGACGUAUAGACGAUAUGAUCAUAGAGAUCGGCCGGUUGCAGUUCAACUGGGCGUUGAUCACGGCUAUGAUAGAGCGGUGGCGACCGGAUACGCACACGGUUCAUCUACCCAUCGACGAGGCUACCAUCACGCUUGAGGACGUGGAGGUUCUUUUUGGUCUGCCGGUUAAUGGACUACCUGUAGCUUACCCGCAUGCUCUUAGAGAAUAUACGGGAUUGCAUUACCUGCAGAUGUUGCAGCGGCUCACCGGUUUCCAACCAGCGGAGGAGGCUACAUUGAGUGGGGCCAGUCGUUUGCAGUUGACGCCCGUCCGGCAACAUCUGGAGGCGAUGGAUGCGGGCAUUGCGGAUGAUUCUCUGGCAGAGGUUAUCGACCGGUACAUGAGAUUGUUGAUGUUGCUGAUGUUUGGUGGUGUAUUAUUCCCGAACACUCUGGGAAACCUAGUCACCUUGAGAUUUCCUCAUCAUCUUGAGCGGUUAGAUGAUUUACCUAGUUACAGCUGGGGUGCAGCUGUUUUAGGUUACCUGUAUAGGCAGAUGUGCCGGGCGAGCAUGGGCACCUAG